CCCACAUACGGUCAGUACUCAGUUGUGCAGGUCAUUAAGUCUGUUUCAGAUUAAGAUUUCAGACGCAGUGCUCUAGCCAAAGAUUCAGAGUGGAGUUCAGUGAAGUGCCGAAUUAAUUAUACUGGUUUCGUUUAUGACAAUAGUCCAAUAUGCACCCUCAACAUUUCUGCAUGAUCGUAAUGGUGACGACAGCAGCUGCAGACUUUUACAGCGCGAAGUACGACGACUUUGAUAUCCAGCCGCUGCUCGAGAACGACAGGAUCCUACAAGGAUACACGAAGUGCUUCCUGGAUCAGGGACCUUGCACGCCAGAUGCUAAGGAUUUCAAAAAAGUCAUACCAGAAGCAUUGGAAACGUCAUGCGGCAAAUGUACGCCGAAGCAAAAGAUUCUUAUCAAGAAGGUGAUCAGAGCGGUGAUGGAGAGGCACCCGGACUCGUGGAAGGAGUUAGAAGAUAAAUUCGACAAGGACAAGAAGUUCAGGGACUCUUUCAACAAGUUCCUAGAGGAAAAAGACUAUGGCAGUACAUCACACGAGCAUCAUAAGUCACUCGGCUACUGGUCAUUACCCACUCAAAUGAUUUCAACAAAGUACCUGAUCGUCCUGUGCUGCGUGGCGGCAGCUGUGGCCCGCCCCAGCGACAAAUACACCGACAAGUAUGACAACCUCAACAUCCAGGAGAUCUUGGAGAACAAGCGUCUCUUGAAGGCGUACGUUGACUGCGUGAUGGGCCAGGGCAAGUGCAGCCCUGAUGGAAAGGAGUUGAAAGAGCAUCUGCAAGAAGCCAUCGAGACUGGCUGUGCAAAGUGUACCGAGGCUCAAGAGAAGGGCGCGUACACCGCAAUCGAGUACCUGAUCAAGAACGAACUUGACAUCUGGAAACAGCUGGCGGCCAAGUUCGACCCUGAAGGCAAGUGGAGGAAGACCUACGAGGACCGCGCCAGGGCCAACGGAAUCGUCAUACCCGAGUAGAAGAUUGUGAACUAACCUACGAUAUACUCAUGGGAUAAUUCCUUGUUAUUUUUAUUAUAUUUUUUUAUUAAAAGAGUUUAUUUAAUGUU